AUGCCCAUCCUCUUCUUGCCCUACGUCGUGGCCUCAUUCAUGGGCGCGACGCGCACCGAUAUCGGCGGCUCCAUCAACGUCAAAUACACAUUGCUAUUCCACGUCUACAAGAUGUGGCGGGCUUCCAUGUCAGUCAUGAAGUUUGUCACCAUUGCCAUCCUUGCCUCCGCCACCGCCGUCGUGGCCGACAGCUGCAACCGCGGAGGCGUCUACUGCGGAUCGUCCCUGCUUCGAAAGGGCAACUACCGUAACCACAUCAUCGAGACACUCAAGGCUGCCAACCAGCCGACGGACGAGUCGCACAUUCAGAACUCCAAGUUUGACUGCCUCGACAAGGGGGACAUUGCCUACCGUGAGUUCUGCUCUCGGGGUUGCGGCGGCACGGACACCGAGAAUCCCGACUACUGCCUUUAA